AUGGCCGAGUCAGCCCCAGAUACAGACCCCUUCGCCACCCUCCGCUCACUCGUGCGCCCCGACGACAUCAUCUCCCCCGACUCUCCCGAGUACCGCCCAAGCGCGCAAACAUGGGCGGCCCAGAAGCAAGAGAAUCCCGGCCUGGUGAUCAGACCGGCCUCGAUCGAGGCGUUGAGCAAGGUCAUCGCCCACCUGUACACCACGAAGCUGGACUUUGCCAUCUACGGACAGGGGUUCAGCUCCGCCUCGGCCAGAGACGUCCUAGUCAACACCUCCGCCUUUGACGACUUCUCCUUUGACCCCCAGGCCGAAACGAUCACCAUUGGUGCCGGACAGGCAUGGUCCGAGGUUUACCGCAAGCUCGAGGAGGUGGCGCCUGAAUACGGAGUGGUCGGGGCGCGCACGCCCUGUGUUGGGGUGGCCGGCACCAUCCUCAGCGGGGGGUACUCGUGGCUUUCGAGCGAGUACGGGUGCAUCUCCGACCCGGCGAACAUGCUCGACGCAAAGGUCGUCAAGUUCGACGGCUCGGUCGUAUGGGCGUCCACAGAGCCCGAGUUGCUGUGGGCACUCCGGGGUGGAGGCGGUGGCUUUGGUGUGCUGGUCCAGGUCAAACUCCGAGUGUUCCGCUACCCACAAGACAUCUGGGCUGGUCCGAUCCUCCUCCCCCGUGAAGCGCUGGAACAAGUUGCAAAGGGCAUUGAAAGCUUUCUUGCGGGACCGGUUGACCCCAAAAUCACCAUGUUUCUGUACGUGGUAACUGGGCGGCUGCUUGAAUCGAUCGGGAGCGACUCGGAUAUGUUAGUGGUCCAUGCAUUCGACGCCAACGGGGAAGAGCAUGGGCGGGAAAGCUUCGCAUGGGCGUUGGAUAUCCCUGGUGCGGUUGAUCAGACAAAGCUCAAGACGCUCGCUGGCGUGGCUGCUCUACAAAACAAGGCGGGGACCGUCAAGGGCACCAUGAAGCAGUUUUGGCAGCCGCUCAUGCUAAGCGACAUCUCGCAAGAGACGGUGAUCAAAGCGGUCCAGUGGUUCGAAGAGAUCAAGGACGUUGAUCCCUCGUUCGGCGAGUGCACCUAUCUGAUCUUCGAGUUAUUGAGCUCGGUAGGUGUUAUCCAGCAGUUCCAGCAAGUCUCAGAUACUAAACGUCCGUCUUUGCAAAAACAGCGCGAUCAAGCUGGUGGCGCCGCGAGCUCAGCGUGGCCACGACAAGAUGGGCUCAAGCAUAUUCUGCUUCUCGGCACCGGGUGUCCCUCGGACGCCGGGCCAUACAAGGAGAAGCUGGCUCGGGAUCUGGCAAUCGAGGCUCCCUCACGGGUCCUGGGGGAUAAUGCAAGAUUCCAAGUCCUGCCGAAUGGGCUUGAGGAGUAUCAUGAUCGGAGAGAGGUCUGGGGGGCUCAUUACGAGAAGCUGCAGAGUCUGCGGGCGCGGUUUGAUCCCAGUGGGAGAUUCAAGGGGGCUAUCGGGGCAUGA